CUUCUUCUUCCUCUGUCAAUUAAUUAAUUUUUCUGUGCGGCAUGGAAUUCUUCUCCUGCGUGAUCCUCUGUUGCCUCCUCGUCGGCAGUGGGGCGGCGGCCGCCUUUCAAACGGUUCUCCAGGGCGGCUCCGGCUGCCGCAAUGAGUGCGCGGUGUUCCAAAGGGGCGUCACGUGGGAGGGGCGGUCCGGCGGCGCGGCCCGCACGUCGACGGCGGAGAUCAAGAGGAUGGCAGAGGUGCCGGAGACGGCCGAGUGGAUGCUGCGGCUGCGGCGGGAGCUCCAUGAGUACCCCGAGCUCUCCCAUGAGGAGUUCCGGACCAGUGCCGUCAUCCGCCGCGAGCUCGACCGGCUCGGCGUCGCCUACCGAUUCCCUGUCGCCGGCACCGGCGUCGUCGCCACCGUCGGCACUGGGUUGCCGCCCUUCGUCGCCCUCAGAGCUGACAUGGACGCGCUGCCGAUCCAGGAACUAGUUGAAUGGGAGCACAAGAGCAAAGUUGACGGCAAGAUGCAUGCUUGCGGCCAUGACGCCCAUGUCAGCAUGCUCCUCGGAGCGGCAAAAAUACUUCAGGAACUCAAACACACACUGCAAGGAACUGUGGUUCUGAUAUUUCAGCCGGCGGAGGAGAAGGGAGUUGGUGCCUCAGAGAUGAUCCUCGAUGGAGCUCUACAGAACGUGGAGGCCAUUUUCGCCAUGCAUGUAGCCUACUUCCUUCCUUCCGGCGUUGUGGCCUCCAGGGCAGGCGAGUUCCUGGCCGGCUGCGGCAAUUUUAGGGCUGUCAUAAGCCAUGCCGGACCUCGACAAGCAAUGGUCAACACCAUCUUGGCUGCUUCAUCAGCUGUGAUCAGUCUACAGAAUCUUGUUUCAAGAGAAGCCAAUCCUUUCGAUCCUCAGGUUGUGUCAGUGACUAAAGUAGAUGGAGGCAAUUCCUACACCGACGCCCCGAAUUCAGUCUCGAUAUCGGGCACUUUUAGGGUCUUCAGCAAAGCCGCCUUCCAUGAAAUCACCAACAGAAUACAAGAGGUGAUCCAGGCACAGGCAAUGGUGUACCGGUGCAUCGCGACCAUUGAGUUCUUAGAAUCAGAGCAACUGCUGCAGAUCCCUCCGACCGUGAAUGACCCGAGGAUCCAUGAAUAUGUCCAGCAGGUGGCAAAGGAAGUCGUGGGCGACGAAAACACAGAGAUCGCUCAGCGAGUUAUGGGUAGCGAGGAUUUCGCUUAUUAUUUGGAGAAGGUGCCAGGGACAUUGCUCCUACUUGGGACUAAAAAUGAAGGGAUAGGGUCAGUUCAUCCUCCACACAACCCUUACUUCACCAUGGAUGAAGAUGUGAUGCCAAUUGGAGCAGCAAUGCAUGCCGCCUUUGCGCAUCACUACCUCCUCCAAUCUGCCAACACCAUGUUCUAGUUCUACCGAUUCAUUUGUCGAUCCAACCGGAGUAUCAUCGCUAAGUUCUACCUCUACCUAACCAAAGACUGUACAGAAGUCAUUGAGUCAUUGCGAAGUUUGAUGGAGGAAUCAUUUUUCAAUUACAGCUCCAUAGUUUAAUUCAUUUGUUAUUCACUCAAUGACUCUAAUUUGUUGCAGUUAAUCCAUUCUUCUUCUUCUUCUUUUUCUUCUU